AUGCGAUACCCCAUGUGCGACGCUCCCAAGCGGAGCACCCAAGGUGCAACCCCCUCAAGCACGACACCCAUGUUCGAUGAUCCAGGGGCACAACACUGCAACAAGGUGAGAUACAUCUCCAUCACAUUGGAAGUGACAACAUGGCCCUUUUACCAAGGGUGGACAAAAGUGGACUCGCAGAAAUAUGAGGGCAACGUCGGCGAGACUCACCUCCCCCACUGCGGGA